AAUAUCGAAGACAAUGAUGUAAUCGCCUACGCAAUUGUCGCAGCUUCUGCAACUACUAUAAAUCCCUCCUCUGUUUUACACGGUUGAACAAGAAUUAAUUAAAAAACUAGACAAAGUUAAGAGAUAGAAUUAAUCUCAAGAGUUAUGGCAGCUGAAGACACUGAUGUUAUUCCUCUGCUCACCCCCCACAAAAUGGGGGAAUUCACACUCUCCCACAGAAUAGUAUUAGCACCAUUAACCAGAAACCGAUCAUACAACAACGUUCCACAGCCGCAUGCCGCCUUGUAUUACUCGCAGCGAGCAACCAAAGGCGGCCUCCUCAUCACUGAAGGCACAGGUGUAUCCGACACUGCUCAAGGAUACCCAGAUACACCUGGAAUUUGGACAAAGGAGCAUGUGGAGGCAUGGAAACCUAUAGUGGAAGCAGUCCAUUUAAAGGGUGGUGUUUUCUUCGUGCAGUUGGCGCACGUUGGCCGUGUCUCUACUUAUGAUUACCAGCCUGGCGGUGAAGCUCCAGUCGCACCAACAGACAAGGCAUUGACCCCUGGCUUAUACGGAGUAGAUUGGUCUCCUCCCAGAAAACUAACCACCGACGAAAUCCACGGCAUCGUCAACGAUUUCAGGCUGGCUGCUCGCAACGCUAUCGAAGCAGGAUUUGACGGAGUCGAGCUACACGGCGCCAACGGCUUCUUACUGGAGCAGUUCAUGAAGGAUCAAGUGAACGACAGGACAGACGAAUACGGCGGCAGCCUCGAGAACAGGUGCCGCUUCGCUCUGGAGGUGGCGGCGGCGGUGAGCGACGAGAUAGGAUCGCACAGAGUGGGGAUGCGGCUGUCUCCCUACACCGAUUUCAACGAGGCGGUGGACUCGGAUCCGGACGGCCUCGGGCUCUACAUGGCCAACGCGCUCAGCAAGCUCGACCUCGUGUACCUCCACGUCAUCGAGCCGCGAGGCGAGGGUGCGACGGCGAGCGAAGGGUGUGGUGAAGAUCAGCUCCUCCCCAUGAGGAAGGCCUUCAGCAACACCUUCAUCGUUGCUGAUGGCUUCGACAGGGCUAAGGGGAAUUGCGCCGUGGAUGAUGGCGCCGCCGAUUUGGUGGCGUACGGCCGCCUCUUCUUGGCGAAUCCGGAUUUGCCGGAGAGGUAUCGUUUGGAUGCGCCGCUUAACAAGUAUGAUAGGAACACUUUCUACACUUCUCACCCUGUCGUUGGUUACACUGACUAUCCAUUUCUUCAACAACCAUAGCAUAGCACGGCAUAGCUUCUUCUUUUUCACCACUCCUCGAUGAAGGAAUACAUUGUAUUUGUAUGUUUCCAAAUGAUUUAUUAUUGUGUUUGGUAAUGGUUUUACCAAGUUACA